AUGAAAUUUAAAAGACUUUUCGUUUGCAGUUGGGUUAUUGUGACCUUAGGUAUAUCUAUUGGAUUUCUAUUUUAUAAUCAAGUCGGCUUUAUCGCACGAGUUGAAGGAACUUCAAUGCAACCAGCCUUAAAUCCUUACCUGGAUCAAGAUUACGUUUUUUUAAAUCGUUGGAUCAUACGAGAUAAACUUAUUAAUAGAGGAGAUAUCGUUACCUUCAAAUCGCCUAAAUUUCCAAAUCAGAGACUCAUCAAACGUGUUAUAGGAUUGUCCGGAGAUGUGAUACAAACUCUUGGCUAUCGUACAGAAAUCCUUCAGGUGCCAGAUAAGCAAUGCUGGGUCGAAGGAGAUCAUAUUGGACAUUCUAUGGAUUCAAAUAGUUUUGGACCCAUUCCGAUUGAAAGCAUAACGGCAAAAGCAACGUGCAUUGUAUGGCCACCGAGUCGUUGGCAAAACUUGAAUAAUUUUGUUCCAAAUAGUCGCACACCCUUAAAUAAUUUAAAUUCACUAGCGGGAUAAUUGUUAGGGUCAUCAAAAUGAGA